AUGGAAAAGGACAUGAUAUUGAUCGUCGGUGGGGGCCCGGCCGGCCUGAUCAUGGCAAUUGAACUUCUUCGUCGCAAGGUCCCGGUACGGAUCCUCGAGAAGAGGAAGGGGCCCUCUCAUACCGCUCGAGCCAUGACGGUACACGCUCGGUCGAUGGAGAUGUUCCAUCAUAUGGGUGUAGCAUCGAGACUUGAAGAAGUAUGUCUUGAAUGCCCGGGCAAUAUCUACCACUUUCCAGGCGUACCGGACGACGAAUGCCCCCGUACCGACUACCGUGUCCUGCCAACUAGCUUUCCUUUCUAUUACAAAAUCAGCCAAAACGAUUUCGAGCAAGUCCUGCGCGAGUUCUUGUACGCACAGUACAGCAUGUUACCAGAAUAUCGCACAGAACUCGUAAAGCUGGUCCAGGACGGAGAUCGCGUGGUCGCCACCAUCCGCUUGCCAGACGGGCAAGAGGAGGAAUGCUCCUAUCCUUAUGUGGUUGGUUGCGACGGGGUCCGAAGCUUUGUCAGAGACGCUGCCGGGAUCAAAUUCAACGGUGAAGUAAUUGCGGCGAUGGCAAUGAUGGACGUCCCACUGGAGAACGUCACAUUCGACGACCGUUGGAUGAACUAUUACUUCAACAAAGAUCUUUUCAUGAACUGUACAAAGAUGCCUGGUGAUGUUUGGCGCAUCUACAUGAGCGAAGAGACCGGGGAAUUCGUCUACGCCAAGGACAUACGGCAAGCGUUCCAGGAGGUAGCGGAUCGCAUCGGCAUCGGUUUCAAAGUCGGUGUCCCUGAAUGGGCGACAUCAUGGGAAAUUCGAAACAACAUUGCCGAGCGAUACCGGACUGGUCGAAUGCUCAUCUGUGGCGAUGCUUCGCACGUACAUUCACCUUCUGGUGGACAGGGCAUGAACGGUUGCAUGCAGGACGCCUUCAACCUGGGUUGGAAGCUUGCUGCUGUAUUCAAAGGUGAGGCUGACGACUCCAUCCUCGACACAUAUGAGCGCGAGCGGAAGCCCAUCGGCGAGCAGAUCAGCAACGGUGCAAUGGCAACUCACCAUAUUGUUAUGGGCUUUGGUAUUGAGCCUGCUGAACGGCUUCCGCUGACCAAGGCUCCGGGAUGGGAGCAGAAUACCAUCAAGUUGGUCUCUGGCCUCUCCCAUAACUAUUGCGACGUCGUCCAGCUCCCCAGCGGCCUCAAAGCUGUGGCCGGUCCUCGUGCGGGAGCGCGUGCGCCUGACUGUCUUUUGACAAAGUCGCCACAGCGUCGUCUUUAUGACAUUUAUCGCCGACCACAAUUUACGCUCCUCAUCGUCCCAGGCGCUGACGAUGAUGAAAACCACAUCAAAAUUGGAAUCAAAGCAAGAGAUGCCCUCGAGACAAAAUUUCCAGGCCUUGUAUCGUCCCAUAUGAUCUCGAGUAAUCGUGACUCUGGCUUCGAUUUCGAUCACAGGGCUCGAGAUGAACAAGGUGCGGUCGCGAAGCUUUAUGAAAUCGGUCCAGAAGGCCGUCUGGUUCUUGUCAGACCUGAUCUGUACGUCGGGGUAUCUUGUGUGCCGGAGGACUGGGCUGCGAUACCGAAAUAUCUGGAGCAGUGGUACAAUGUUGCUCAACGAUAG